AUGCGUCGCACGAAGGGGAUCGACCACCUUGACACGGCGGUGAUCGACGAAGACUUGAUCGGCGGGGCGCUGAUGGAGGAAGCCGACGGCGACCAGCACAUUUCGUCGAUGACAACCUUCGAGUUAGCGCAGGUCGUGGCAGAGGCAACGACUCUGAGAUUGUCAUACAAGAAUGUGUUGAAGAUCGACAAUUUGCAAGGGUUCUCUCGAUUGACCAAGCUCUGUCUUGACAACAACAUCAUCGAGAGCAUCAGCAACCUGGACCACUUGGUCCACCUGAAGUGGUUGGACUUGUCGUUCAACAACAUCAAGACGAUCACCGGUCUCGAGAAGCUGACUGAGCUCAUGGACCUGAGCCUCUACAACAACCAGAUAAGCGAGAUCGAAGGUCUGGAUUCGUGCUCAAACCUCCAGUGCCUCUCGCUUGGGAACAACCGCAUCGCCAACUUGGACAGCAUUAUUCGCCUUCGUCGAUAUCCCAAGCUCAAGCUCGUCAACCUAGAGGGUAAUCCGGUGUGCCGGGAGGUCGAGUACCGCUUUACCGUCCUGGCGUACAUCAAGAACAUUACAUACCACGACUACGGCACUGUCGACCCCGCUGAGGUCUUACAGGCCAAGGAACAGUACCAAGACGAGCUGCUGGAACUUCAGGAGAAAGAGGCGCUGGAGGAAGAGCAGUUGGGGCGGGAGCGGGCUUCCGAGAGCGAGACCGAGGUGCUGAGAAAAGCCAACCUUCUCGUCACAAAAACUCUUUUCAGCGACAUGUUCGAGGCGGACGCGGAAAUGUCCAAGCUCAAGUACCUCCCGGGCAUCGACGACAUGACCGAGCGCUACAGGACGCACGUGCAGGGGGUGGCAGAAUCCUACCGGACGGCGGGGCUGGCGAACGCGGUCAAGAAGGAGGAGGAGGUGACGCUGUUUGACGCCGCGGUGAAGGACUUGCGGCAUUCCUACGCCAGGAGAUCGAUUGAGAUGAUCGAGGUGUUUACCAGGGAGAAGAAGAAGACUUUCAACGAGCUCUCCGCGAGAGAAAGCAUCGACCCGGGAGACCUACUUCCCCUUCAAACCAAGCUCGAGGAGCUCGAGUCCGCUCUCAUGGACCUGGAGAUGUACGAGGUAGAGCAGCACGAGCAGCUGAUGGGGGAGUUCGAGACCAACUACACCGAGUUCAAGAAUCACUGCUUCGAGAUGCAGCACAACUUCUUCAGGGCCGUCGAGGAGCACGAGGAGGGGUACUUCAACUCCUUGGCACAGCUCGCCCAGGAUAUGCUGGAGAAGAUGGCGAAAAACGAGCUGCCCGAUGACGCUCCAGACGAGCUGUCGAACCUUCUCAUCGACAGAGAUACUUGCAUGAACAUAGUCGUGGGCUCUCACGACAUCCACGUGGGGAAGCUUCUAGGCAGGGAGGACGAGACCAGGGCGGCGGAGAUCCGCGCCAUGUCGGGCAUCAUCGAGAGCCGACGGAGGGAGGAGAGGACUAGGAACAGAAAUCGCAUGCUAGAGCUGCGGGACUUCUUCGAGACGAACCGCCGCCACAUCGCCGACUUGAUCUCCAGCAAGCUGCUGGAAGACUACGACGAGGCCGACGGCAUGUAG